UCUUGAAUUCUCCUCGCGCCCGAUCAUACCGCUGCCUGCUCAACAUCGCCAGUGACGAGCCCUGGGACGUUGGUCGAAGCGCGGACGUGCAUACCACUACAUAAACGCUCAAUCGGAGACUGAAUCGUAUAGGGCUGAGAAAGGAGUGUUGUCGUCGGAGUAAUUACCUUGCGACUUGGAAAGAGACUUGCGCCAUGUUUUUCUUAAAGGAAGAGACCAAGGUGAUAUCGCUGCACCCGUCGUACUUCGGGCCGAAUAUGCGGGAGUAUUUGAUCAAUAGGCUUAACGAGGAAGAGGAAGGCCGGUGUACUGGUGAUCAUUUCGUCAUUUGCGUCAUGGACAUGGUAGAUAUUGGAGAGGGUCGGGUCCUUCCAGGAAGCGGGCAAGCCGAAUACACAAUCAAAUAUCGUGCGAUCAUCUGGAAGCCGUUCAGGGGGGAGACGGUCGAUGCAAUCGUUACUUCCGUCAAGCCUACCGGUAUUUUCACCUUGGCCGGUCCACUAUCCGUUUUCAUUGCGCGAAAAAACAUUCCUUCGGAUAUUAAGUGGGAGCCAAAUACAGUACCUCCUCAGUACACGGAUCAUGCCGACCAGGUCAUCGAAAAGGGAACCAGUUUACGGCUCAAAAUCCUCGGUGUCAAGCCUGACGUAGCUGCUAUCAAUGCUAUUGGAACCAUCAAAGAGGAUUAUCUUGGACCAUUAUAAUGACACCUCGAGGAGCCCAAAAACUCGUCUCUCCCACUUGACAAACACUUGCGAAUAUCAACACCCACAUCACAAUAUUCCCAUGAGGCAUACUAUGAUUUUGAGUACAUGGACGAUUGGAUUUAGGGAUCAAUCGUCUCAGGAAACAUGCUCGUGAAGUGGACAAUAAGAUGCCUCAAACAUCACCGCAGCCUGAGUAGUCUUCUCCAUUGGGGGAGCGGUUGCGUUCAGCUUCUACUUUUGAAGAAAGGAUCCGAAAAAGCACCCGUAUAGUCUUCGUUUUGAAGGC